GACAGAAUCGAAUGUUAUAGUUCCCCUGUAUAGACGGCCUUUGAGACAGGAAAACAAGAUAUCUGACGGAGGAAUAUAUUAAUUUGUUGAUCUAAUUAUUCAUAUUCGUUGAAAUGAACGAAAGGAAUGGGAUCUUUUGUUUAUCCGGUACCUAGCAGAAAUGUUUGAUUUUUCAAGGAGCCCCAAAGAAGAACCAGGAAGGGGCAUUAGAUGGGGCUUGGCAGCCCUGGUCGACUAGAUCGCCUAUUUGAGAUCAAUCUCAGAUUUUAUUUCAGUUGGAUACCUACCUCCUAGUUAAUUUUUAGAGUGGCUCUCUACAUAAAAAUCCCCAUGAGUACACCAAAAAGAGAGUACGAAAAAAGUGACGAACAAACACGACGGAAAUCUAGUGCCAGAAGCAUGCACAGUUCAAACCGGCAAAGUGCUUCUAGCAACUCGGGUGUGCUCAUGGUUGGGCCAAAUUUUCGAGUUGGAAAAAAGAUUGGAUGUGGAAACUUCGGUGAACUGCGUCUAGGUAAGAAUCUGUACAACAACGAGCAUGUGGCAAUCAAAUUGGAGCCUAUGAAAUCUCGGGCACCACAGCUGCAUUUGGAGUACAGAUUCUAUAAACAACUUGGACAAGCAGAUGGCGUUCCUCAGGUGUAUUACUUUGGUCCGUGUGGCAAGUACAAUGCCCUGGUCUUGGAGCUGCUGGGACCCAGUCUAGAAGAUCUGUUCGACUUGUGUGAUCGCAAGUUCUCACUGAAAACUGUGCUGAUGAUAGCAAUCCAAUUGAUAUCACGGAUGGAGUAUGUUCACUCGAAACACCUCAUAUAUCGAGAUGUUAAGCCAGAAAACUUUCUGAUAGGAAGACAAUCGACCAAAAAACAGCAUAUCAUUCACAUCAUAGACUUUGGUUUGGCCAAAGAGUACAUUGACCCCGAGACCCACAAGCAUAUACCUUACAGGGAACACAAGAGUCUCACUGGCACGGCCAGAUACAUGAGUAUAAACACACAUCUAGGAAAAGAACAAAGUCGGAGGGAUGAUUUAGAAGCUUUAGGUCACAUGUUUAUGUACUUCCUGCGUGGCAGUCUACCAUGGCAGGGACUGAAAGCAGACACAUUAAAAGAAAGAUAUCAGAAGAUCGGAGACACAAAGCGGGCCACGCCCAUUGAAGUUUUGUGUGAAAACUUUCCAGAUGAACUGGCAACCUAUCUGCGGUAUGUUCGGCGGUUGGACUUCUUUGAAACACCAGACUACGACUACCUGCGUAAACUGUUGACAGGUCUCAUGGAGAAAAUGAGCUAUGACUGUGAUUGGCAGUUCGACUGGGUCGGCCGCCAAGUGGUGAGAUCUCAAUCGACACCUGUGUCGUUGAGUGCCCCUGAUACUGGCCCAUCACCUCAGAGAGAUAUUGGUGGUAUGAGGGAGAGACACACCGGCCCGACCAGGCCAAGUUCAAAUCAAAGGGGGCAUGCAUGGGGUGAGCCACCCAGGCACGCCAAUAAUUUACUGGGUGCCAACCUAGCCGCUGAUAAACAUGGGGGCUCGGUCCAGGUGAUGAGUUCAACCAAUGGCGACUUGGGACCUGAUGACCCAACAGCUGGACACUCAAAUACACCAAUCACAGCACAGCCUGAGGUGGAAGUUGUGGAUGAAACUAAGUGCUGUUUCUUCAGACGACGCAAGAAAAAGAAAGGCCGACAGUCGUAACCCAGGAUCUCGGGGGGAACUAUGCUAUGUCCUUACGUACUCUACUUUAUCUGUAGCCAUACUGAGCCUGCCCAACCCACCCAACCAUUGCCCUCCUGCCCCUCCAUUUGCCUGCCCACCUGUCUGUCUGUACUUCAAGCUCCUAGCCUAAUCCUGUCUCACUGCAGUUUCUAUUAAUCGUUAACCUGUCACUUUCUUCGUUGCCCUGUUAUCAUACACAAACAUUGAGGCCAUGGCUUGGUGAAAGGAGGAGUGGAGUGACUGUUGAUUGGUCAGUCAGUCAGCCGGUCCGUCAAGUCAGUCUGUAGCACCGGAAGUCAUGUGUGCUUUCUGACACCACAGGUGCUGCAGCUGUUUCCAUCGCAGGCGGAAACGGGGGAAACCCAAGCGCCAGAAAUGACUGCUUGCCUUUGGCCGAACCAGGGAUACUGUGCCACUCAAGUCAAGGGAAGAAGAUUCCUACACCGAGUCUCGGGAUACUAGCACCCCAGAGCUGCAGAAACGCAGCCCUGUCUACCACACAGCACUGGGAAGGGGCUAUGUCAAUCAGACUUUCUUGUAGCACCCUUCCCAGGGGUUAGGAAUCUUCUGGACUGCUGAGUGUUGCAGGGACUUCUGGGAGAUAUACACAUGUGAUAAGACUUUGUGGCAAAGUAAAAGUGCUUGGAAAAGAAUAUGUAUCUGUUUCGACUGCCAACUGCUUACUCUUUUUCUGAAAUAGGCAAAAUACUGGUGAAUGUUCUUUUAAUUUGAGAUGAUUAAAACUGUUGUCCGUCUAGUUGGCAUUUUAGGGAUAACCCUGAUGAUUGGUCUUGACCAUCAAAGCUAUUUUCAUCUGUCAACAUUGUAUUGAAUUUUGAUAAUAGUUGUGUGGAUGUAGUGAUCAGAUUUGGUUUUAAUGUAUGUGGUAAGUGACUGUGCGAAAGACCAUGUACUGCUCAUUGUGAAGUGAUUGUCAUAGGAGCCGUCCUAUGCAGUAUCAGUUGAUCUUCAGUCUGUCAUUGUUUAUCCCUAUGCAUUAUUUAUCUAGUCUUUUCGCCCAUGAAUUUAGGAAAGACGAAGAGUGAUAGUUGUGUAUUUUGCCAUUUUCAGAGAUUCUGUAAGCUUUUCUUUCGUUGUUUAAUUUUGAUGCAUAUGGUUUGUCCUGUCUAGUUACCCCAGUUGCAACAAGAGGUAUGGAGAUGUGUGCUACUGCAGUGGAUAGUUACUCCUUGUUUGACUUAGUGCCAUAAAUUAACCCUUUAUCUGAAAGGGCAUUAACAAAUUGUAAAAAUGAUAGUAUAUGAGGGUUACAGUACGACUUUUGCACAUUAGUUGCUUGCAUGCCCACCUGCUUGAUUUAAGAGACCGAGAUUUUCAACUUUUUUCGCGAAGAGUAUUUUCAAAGCAUUCUGGAAAACAUUUCACUGAUCUGAAGUGUUGACUGUGAAGUGUGAAUAUCCUCUUUUAGCUGUGUUACAGUGACAUAGAUGCAUACAUGUGUGUUGGUAACUUGCUGUAGUUGUUGAAAUAGAAGGCACAGUAGGGUUCAGUUAUAUAUACAAUCAAGUUAAAGUCCACAUCCUUAUCUUGAAGCAGCCAUGCAACUGCAGCGAUAACAUUUAUUGUCUUUUAAUCUAAGUAAAGAUAUUUGUCGUCAUGAAAGAUCAUGCAGUAAUUCAUAUGAAACUACAAUGCAAUCCUUUUAGUCUGGAAAUCCAGCCUUCUGUGUCAAAUUGAGCAGGAGUUGUGAUCAUAUACUGUUAUUUGACUUAGUAAUCCAGUACCCCAGACUCCAGGAGAGAGUGCGUUCAGAUUUAAUGUUGCAUUGUCACUAUCUCAGCCAUAUAGCAACGACAACAAAUUAUACAAAAGAGUUGUCAACAAGGACAGUAGAACAGUAAGGUAAAUAUCAGUUUCAAUGUAAACCAACUAGAACAAAAUAACACAUAUCUUGACGGCUCUUUGAACUCCCGAGUCCAAUGCUUUGGUAUUGGAACCAACAUAGCAUCAUUUUGCUUGACAAUCUUGACUGUGAAAUCAACACUAAACAGACAGUCCUUGUGGCCAAAACCACAUCUGUCCUCUUGUUUGAUGUCAAUCCGUAUCCUUGAGGAAACCAUAUUUCACUAACUAAUCUUUUAACACUCACUUGUAGUCUAUGAUUAACAAGUUUCCUUGGGUAAAAGAUAAGCAUGAUAUUCACAUCUCACCAGCUCACAAAUAUUCUUGCAAUUUGUUAAUUCCAACAAAUACGAAAGAGGUGUCUGGAUUAAAAGGGUUUCAAUGCUUGUAUUAAUUCUAUCCUAUCACCUCAGAACAAACAGAAUUUUGUGAUUCACAGUAUUUAUAUCUAAAUUGAACCCUUGGUUGGUAAGAAUACCAUUUUACCAAGAUAGUUGUCAAUCUGUGAGAUUUAACCAUGAUCAAAAGUAUGUGAUACUUUGUACAUUACAAAUUGUGUUCUUUUACAUGCGAGGAGAACAUUGUCAGUGCAUGGUUAUAAUGACACUGCAGGAGUGGCAGAUGUUUUCUAGUUCUCUUAUCAAGUCCUGUUUCUGCUAACUGAUGUAAAUAUUUUCAGUCCCUAAGCAACAAGAUAAAUAUUAUGAAACAUGAAAUUUCUAAUCACAUGCUCAUUUAUUUGUUUUGUUGUGCUGUUUCCUUGUCCACUUGGUACAGUUUUUAUUAACACAUUUUGAGGGCUAUCAAGGAAUAUGUUAGGAACACAAAGUUACCGUUACGUUGUUAACUGAUACAAGCACUGUGGUGUGUAUAUUUGGCAGAGAAAUGAAAGGGUUGGAAUUAAAAGUAAUUUCUUCUUGCAGUAUACAAAUCUGAUACAUUUCUGUAUGAGUUUAUACAUAUAUAUAUAUAGAAUUUGUUAAUUUUGUCUACUAACAUCAAGUGCUCGUACACUAAAAAAAUUCCAACCCUUGAAGCAUUCAAGUACAUUGACCUUUUAUCUUAGUCCAGAAAAAGUACUGAAUAAUUGUAUUGUUAUUAUUUUUCAUUUAUUCUUUUGCAAGCACCAUUACCAAGCGCUUUGUUAUCAAAGCAACCUUCUUAAUGGCUGGGUUAUGAUUGAGUUAAAGCAUAUGAAGUUAGACAGUUCUCGUGCUAUGAUGGUUUUGACAAUAGGAGCCCUUGUGACUACACUUGACCAAAUUAGGCCAAUUUGUGAGGGUAAAUGUACUUGAAUACUGCCAUAUAGAUGAAGGGCCACCUACCUAUCUCCCUGUGAUUGUGAUAUGAUGGUGACAGACUGGUCCAGAUACCACACAGUAACCUGGUUUGACCAAAGGCAGACCUGAUGUAUGUAUAGCUUCCCACAGCCUGUAUUAUGUGGAGGGCUUGAUCAGUGUGUACAUAGUUCAUUUGUUAUGCUUGUAUAUAUUCCACACAUAAACAUAACAGCAUCAGUCAUUAUGGGCCAUAUGUUCAGUCUUGUGCAGCUUUCGGUGUUAUGUCAGCCAUUCUGCAUGAUCAGGUUCAGUUUGGGCGCUCCUGAAGUAGAUGGUUGUGGCACUUAGCUGUUAGCUAGCGUUAAAGAGUCAGGACGGAUGAGCACCCAGUAACGACUGAUCUCAACUUCUAUUGCCUGCCUGAACAUAGGGCUUGCUCUCUUUGGGAGAGGAAGUUGCAGAGCUACCGGGGAUUCCCAUUUGUACAUAAAGCUUGAAUGCCACAAUGGGACUUUUAGAGGACAAAAAAGAUCUUAAUUGUUGUAUCAAGUAAAGUGACUGUGAAUUUACCAAAAUACUCCCAACUUCAUUUCUUGGAAACAGUUAUCCUAAAAUUACUUUUUAAAUCUACUGUAUGUGUUCUCUUAUGACAUACAUUUUAUCCUUCAGACAAAUAGAACAUGUUUGUGAUAAAAUUAUUCCGAUAAGUUACUCAUGUAAGUAAACAAUGUCAGUUUUUAAGGUGUAUUGAGUUUGGUCAAUCAGGUCAUACCAGAAUGAAAGGAAGAGUUGGUUUUUAAUGGAACUUGAUGUAGUGCCCAAUCUUCUGCUAUAUUCAGAGUGCACCUCCUGAAGAGGCAAUGGAAGCCUAACUACAUGUGCCAUGUCGCAGUGGUGUACCUCAUCAAGACUGCCCUAUACACUUCAAAUCAAAUUCUGUGAAUCUUGUAGCUUCUAUCAUUGGAAUGAGAUGUGCUUACAGAGAUGUGUGCAUCUGAUUUCUGUUGAAAGCUUUCGUCGCCGUUAUUCUUUCUUUUUGUUUGUUGCUAGAUGUUGUCUCUUAACUAAGUUGGAUAAAUAGCGGGCUUGUUUGGCCUGGAACAUAUUUUUUGUUAAGCUAGGUGCUACGUGCAUCAGCUUUUGUUUACUUUGUACAAUUUUAUCAUUGCCUUCUGUCGCUGGCUCAGUUCACGUUCGUUUCAAGUAUUUCUAUGGGGUGACCACACUCCUAUCUUGCCCUGGUAAUGUACUUGAGUUUUAAUGUGUAUGUAUCAUUUCUCAAUGCCCGGGUUUGGGAGAAUAAAACAUUUUUUUUAACCUAGAAUCAUGUACAUAACGUUACUGAUAACUGUAAGCUAUUUUAUUGUGAUACAUUUUGCUGUUUAUAUGUUGCACGGCGUUGCCUCGUUUGCAUUUCACAAAUAGUUGCAAGGCAUGUACAUCUUUUUCCAAAAAACGUAUGGCUUAGCCUGACUUUCAUCUAACCUUUAUCAUGGUGUACAUCAUAAAGUUGGAUGAAGGAUAUGUGAUGGCCAAAUCAUUGAGACAUUUACAACAUCAUUUCGAAGAAAUGGUGUAAUUUCAUUCAUUGACAUCGACAUUUGACAUGCCCCACUUGUCUGCUUUAGGAUUUCUAUGAACUUACUUAUUAACAUUGCCAAAGUUCAGGUACAUUUGUCUCUGUUUUGUUUUUUCACCAUAUCACAUUUUCUUAUGAUCAUAACAAUAUCUAAAACUGUAGGUCGUUAUUCAGAAUUUCUGCUUUGCAAUAUUUUGAUGCAAGUGUAUUGAGGUGAUGACCAGAGUACCACUAUAAUUUAUUGGUACAAGUCUUAAAAAUUGUCGCGUUUUAGUUGUCUUGUGUACAUUAUAAAAAGAUAAAAAUAUUGAAAAGAAAAAAGUUUAAAAUGUAUGACUGGAGACUAGAUGAUAUGUAUGACAUGAUAUGAUGCCAACAGGAUGUGUAUAUUUUUCAUGCAACUCACACAAGUUUGCAUGAGUCAUCCUGUUUCAGUGUUGCGCUAUUUCCACUAAUCCUCUGCUGCACAGGUAGCUGCCACCCAUCUAUGCUACCAUCAGACCUGUACAAAUUGCACUACCAACUAGCUGGUGUGGAGAGAGCGAGCGCCAUUUGGUAUUAUUACUUAUUACAUGUAUGAAGUGGGCAAGAUGAUAUUUUGUAAUGUUUAAACAUGAUGCAUGUACAGAUUGACCAACUUGUUUGUGCUGACUACAUUGUAGAACCAGGAUUUGUUCAGCUCUUCAGCUGCCACCAGACUCAUGGAAAUAAAUGACUGAGCAGCUGACCUCCAA